CUGGAAAGUUCUGAGAAAGCGCUGUAACGCAAACAGCGCUGAGGGAGCAAUGUCAGGUUCUGCGAGACUGAACCGCAAACUGCGCCCCGCAUUGAAACAAAACUCCGCGCUCAGCUCGGCAGAACUAGUCUGAAGACUUUGUGAGAACCGGGUGAAGGAAAAAAAAAAAAACCUGAUUAGGAAACCUGGCCGCCUACUGGGAAUGAUUCACUCAGGGUGAGUGCGGGUGAGGGAGGCUCACGUCAGAGGCGAUUCCAAGAAAAAUCCUUCCUGGAAGUGAGGUGAGCUCCGGCGGCCAAACCAUACAGUGUUUCGUCUGUUCAGUUUUAGGAUAUUAACAGGAGCAACACCUUUCAUCUCCACAAACCAUGAACACAGCCGCCGCCGCCUCACGGACUGCUGCUCCUCUCCAGCUUCGAUCACAUUAACACCGCUCCUCUCUUUCUUCACCAGGGCGUUGAGAUUUGGAUACUGAUCCGGUUUAGUAGCCCCAGAGCUGGACUUCACUUACAUCUGUUUUGUUCUUCGGAAACACGGCGAACCAGAACCCUCGGGAGAGAAGGAGAAACUUUCCGAGGUCGUUCGGGAUUCAGAGUUUACCUGUAUAGCCUUCAAGAUCAACAAUGAUCCUCUGCCUUCAAGGUCCAAGAGCACUUUUGCCAGACUCUCAAACUCAGGUAGUUCCUCUUGGGGUGUCCGUCAUCUCUUCCUCGUCUCCACGAUGUCUUCACAGCACCACGAAGAUAUGGGACCCCACCAAAGACCUGCGUGCCAUUGCUAGCACAUUCUGCUAUCUAGAUGCAUCAGGGUGGUACUGGGGCAGCAUCACGGCUGGUGAGGCCCAUUCUGUCCUUCAGGGGGCAGUGGAGGGAACUUUCCUAGUGCGGGACAGCAGCCACCCUCGCUACAUGCUGACCUUGUCUGUCAAAACGGGGCGAGGGCCCACCAAUGUCCGCAUAGAAUACAGCCACGGGCGCUUUCGUCUGGACUCCAGUUCUCCAGCCCGAACCCGAUUGCUCACCUUCCCAGACGUGCCCAGUCUCGUCCAGCACUAUGUGGGCUCUGGGAAAACACAGGAAGCGUCUGAGAAAGACGAGAAGGACUGCAAUGUGCCCCUGGUGCCUAAGGAUAACGCAGUGCUACUAAAGCUGAAACGUCCACUCCAUCGGCCUCAAGCGUUCCCCUCCUUGCAACAUCUCACACGCUUGGCCAUUAACAAAUCCACAACCUGCCCAGAAAAGCUGCCUCUACCAAGGCCACUACUCCAGUAUGUUCAGGACUACCCUUUCCAACUCUGAAGACACUGAAAAACAAGCCAAACUGAAAGCAAUGGAGAGGACACUGAUGUCAUGCCAGAAAGCCUGCAGGCAUGGGAAUCAGAGGAAAGCGCACUUCCAGAAAAAAUGGGGCUUGGGCUCUCAGUACAGUCGUGGCAACCUAUAACGUUCUAGAACAUUCUGUCCGUUGGUUGUUAAGCCUAAUUUAUGCUUUUGCCAACACUUCUCUUUAGAAAGUUAAAUUAGGCUUUACGUUCCAAGAAUCCACUGUCUGGAGUUUAAGAGAGCCUAACAGACUUGUGAAAGAAGUUCACAGCCAAAUAAGGCCAGUGUCCUAAUGUUGUUUAACAGAAGCAUUUUGCUUCAUCAAAGAAGUGUCAUUAGACCACAGACUUUGGGUGGACUUUUUUAAAAAGUGACUUGCAAUGUAGCCUUUUUAUAGGAUAAUGUCACAUAUUUAAGAGAUUCUUAAAGAGGCGGUACAGAGUGUGAAGCAGUCAGUGAGCUCUACAGCUUCUAGGUACGUGACUGCUUGAUAAUGUUACACUGUCGUGGCACAUUGAGUUAAAGCUCUGCCCUGUCUCGUUCCUUCCUUUUUACUUGGUGAAAUACAUUCUGGUUUAUGACUAUAUUAAUCAGUCCAGAUUAAUUUAUUUUUUUCUAUUCCCACAAUGUGGGCGUUGUAUAUAUUUAUGGACUAAGAUCCUUGUCUUUUUGUAAUAAAAUUACUUUAUUGA